GCAGCUGGGGGUUGGGAAGAGACAUCACUUCCUGCCCUCUCCUGCAGAGCACUUGGAAGAUAAGGAACAGCAGCCAGGCAGACAGUAGAGGCUGGUGUUGAACAGUGCCAGUUCUUUUUCUACAGAGUCUCCCGUCUAUUUCCAUCAUGAGGUCUCUGCUUGGAUUUCUGUGUACCUUUUCACUUUUUAUAUCGACCGGUUACGCCCUGUCAUGUAACCAAUGUAUUGGCAUCGGUACCAAAGCCUGCGAAGGUGGCAGCAUCACCUGCCCUUCCGAUAACAUCUGUGGAACUCAGUACUCUGUAAAUUACCAACAUGGAGUGAAAUUGUCCGAAACCUUAAUAAGAAGUUGCAUUCCUAGGAACCAAUGCGGUAUGAAAGGAAGUUUUACCGUCAUGCAAGAAUUAAAGAUAGUGAGUGGGAUGAGCUGCUGCUACACUGACAACUGUACCCCACCUGAACCCACAUUGCCGCAAGUAAGUACACAGAAAAAUGGACUCGUCUGUCGAAGCUGCAUUUCUAUAAACUCUGAUUCGUGUGACCCAAGUGCCACCGUAGAAUGCACAGGGAUUGAAGAUAUGUGCUACCUCCAGAAUACAGAAUUAGAAGGAACCAUGUCUCUCAAGACAAUAAAUCGUGGUUGCAUCACUAAAAAUAUCUGUGAGUUAGGAGAUCAGUCUAUAUCGGCUCACGGGAUGAACAUGAAAUCCACCUUGACAUGCACUAGUGGAAGUGCUGCCCUCUACAGUGGAUUCUUCCUGGCAAUAACUGUGGCUUUAUUCUUCACAAAACUCUUGUGUUAAAAAAUAAGUUUUACUUCCAAAUUUUAUUUUUUUUUUACCUUUUUUUUUAUAUAACGGCAAAGAAUGUUCAUCAGUUAAUGUUUAAUAAAUCAUAAUUUGGGGUUUUUGUUUCUAAACUGGUAUUUUGUUUAUAAAUUGGUACUUGACUACUUUAUCAGUAUACAGUAUUUAGCUGCACUGCCUAUAAGGAUUGCCCACUUUUCCAUGCACCCCAAAAGAGACCCCUUUUUCUCUAUGGAUGUAAUUUAAAAAUAAAAUAUAUAAAAUUUGA